UUUAUGUGUAUGACAGCAUGUUGCUGGUGUGUUACACGCGAAUUUUCCGUGUCAUUAUUAAUAUUGCUGUUUAUAUGAAUGAAGUGUUAUUGAGAGAAACAUGAGGACUCUAGUGAGACUGAAACAGCUCGCGUUAGAGGUGCCGUGCAGCAUGUGGCGGGAUGGAUGCUGCUGGAACUUCUCUCUACGGAGACUGCAGUCAAACAUGUCUAUGCUCAAACAUCUCACUUCUAAAAUCACAGCCACUGGUCCCAUUUCAGUGGCUGAGUACAUGAGAGAGGCACUCACCAAUCCAGUAUCAGGGUAUUAUGUGAAGAAUGACAUGCUCGGAGUGGACGGCGAUUUCAUUACAUCACCAGAGAUCAGUCAGAUUUUUGGUGAGCUGCUGGGUGUGUGGUGUGUCAGUGAAUGGAUGGCGGCUGGGAAAUCUAGUGUGUUGCAGUUAGUGGAGCUGGGACCAGGCAGAGGCUCACUGACCAGUGACAUUCUGAGGGUGUUCAGUCAGCUGAAAGCUGUUUUGGGUAAGGUGGAUUUGUCCGUUCAUCUGGUGGAGAUCAGUCCAAAGUUAAGCCAAGUUCAGGCUGACUGUCUAACUACAGACCAGACACAGGCGUUUGACGGUGAUGACGUACCGGUUUACCGCAGCGGCACCACAAACACAGGCCUGCCCGUGUAUUGGUACCGGCAGAUAGAGGAUGUCCCACGGGGUUUCAGUAUCUUUAUCGCACAUGAGUUUAUAGAUGCUUUACCCAUUCACAAGUUUCAGAGAACAGAGAAAGGCUGGCGUGAGGUUUUGGUUGAUAUUGAUUCUGAGCAGCCGGAUAAACUAAGAUUUGUGCUCUCUCGUGGUCCUACACUGGCAUCCAGCACACUUAUACAGGAAGGUGAGAAAAGGCAUCAUGUGGAGGUGUGUCCAGAAGGCGGAGUCAUUGUUCAGAAACUUUCCAAUCGGAUUGCAGAGGACGGGGGUGCAGCCCUGAUCGCUGAUUAUGGGCAUGAUGGGACAAAAACAGACACUUUCAGAGGCUUUAAAGGUCAUCAGCUCCACAAUGUUUUGGAAGCUCCUGGCACAGCAGAUCUCACAGCAGACGUGGACUUCAGUUACUUGAGGAAGAUGACAGAAGAUCAUGUGACCUGCCUGGGACCAAUCACACAACAAUCCUUCCUGAAGAACAUGGGCAUUGACACACGCCUUCAGAUCCUUCUGAGAAGUUGUCCUGACUCAUCCAGUAGAGCUCAGCUCAUGCACGGCUAUGACAUACUGAUGAACCCUGAGAAGAUGGGCCACAGGUUCCACUUCUUCUCUGUGCUGUCCCGAAGUCGGCUAGCAGCAAUUAAAGCGACACUGCUUCCUGUGGCGGGAUUUACAGAGCUGCGCCUGCACUGAACAAUCUUUGAUGUGAUGCAUGUAAUGAAUGUCUGAUUAUAGUCAAGAACAUAUGUGGGGGGGGGGGGUCACUCUGUUAUACAUUGUAUAAAAUAAUUAACGAUUUUUAUUUUUAUGGAAUGGCACAUAGAAAUUCUACCUGACAGAUAAAUUGAAUGAGGUUUCCUGAAUAAAACACCUGUCUCUGUGACAACCCUUGGAUUUGAUUCGUUUAAUCAGAAGACUUUCUAGUUCUAAGAUGUUACCAUUCUAAAUCAUGGGUAAACGGAAUCCUGGGUUAUCUUGUUUAAUGUUUCACACUGUUCAUUCUUUACCAUGGUUAAUAAUAAAUCCUGGGUGUUCAUGUUUCGAUGUUUCACACUGUACAUUUGUAAACCCUGGAUUAAUGUUUUUAUUUGCAUAUUUUCUGUGUCAAAAACAAUGAUUGGACGAAAUCAGCUCACGACAGUCACGCAACCUGACCCCAGCUUAGCUGCGAUAUGCGAAAAAAGAAUUUCACUGUAUAUGUUAAAAAAUGUAUAAUGUGUGACAAAAAUAAAGGCUUCAACCUGUCA